ACGUUUAUGCUACAAUACGGUUGAAUGGUUGUAUAGUCGAAUUUUAAAAGAUCAAUUAUCAUCCUACAAAUUUGCUCUCGAUAGAGGGUGGAAAAUCUGACAAGCAACAACAGAGCUCCAACGCAGACACCGUCGAAUUCAUCGUCGAAUACAAGACAAAAAGUGUCGUCCAUGCAAAUCUGAAAACAGUCAGCACCUGAAUUAACGACGGAAAAAAAUCGCGUAUUCAAGCGACAUAGCUUCGACGUUGGUAGAGUGUGUUGAUCGUUGCAUGUUAUAUAAACUAUAGUGGGGCAGUCCAAUAAACAAGAUAGUAUCGAAUUAAAAUACAAAAAGCGAGCACUUGGCGACACGGUCUAGAAGAGGAGGAACUGUUGCUGCGCUGUCUCUGGGGAGGCACGAUUGGGUGCGAUUGCAAGCAGGUCGUUAAGCGAAAUCAUGCUGAAAUAAAAAUUCCAACGAAAGAUCUCCGGACGGACAGAUCGAGAGACAGUGUCUUUUUCAAGCGAACAAGCACGCGGCCUGAUUUGAGUUUCUUCUAUGUUACGCAGAGAAACAUGAUAAUUAAAAAAAGAAAGUUCAAACAAAAUGAUAUGCAAGCGCUGUUGACAAGAAAUGUGUACAUUUUUUGACAAUUUAACAACACAAUAAAUCGAACAGUUAAUAUUGUUUACGACAUCCACACAAUGACUCGCUGCGUUCAUGGAAUUAAGGUGCGUGAUUACACGCUUAUUUUGCAAUUUGCAUAUCCUUUUUUGGGUCGAAGGGUAACCAUAGUGGCAAUGGUAUUUCGAGUUACUGAUUACCACGUAUUAAUAAGUAUUAUCCAGGGUUACAAAACUUCCGACCAUCGAUACUCUAGGUACCACUAACUGGUUGCGAUUGAGAAGUGUUAAAAAGCAUGUAAAUCAUCCGACAUCAAGAAAAACCGGCUCCGUUUGUGGAAAGCGUAAAAAAGCGUGGCCGCAAAGGCCAAGCGGCCGGUCUUUUCUUGUUUCACGUACGUACUUUCCGCUGUUGUUCUCGUUCAGCUCGACCAGGAUGCGGGUGGGUGAACUGUGAACGGACAAUCAAACGCAUGGAAGCGAUGUAGACGCGGGAGCGGAAAAAAUGUUGCAAGCUAAACGAGUUUAUCUUGUUUCACGCAGUCGUUCCCUUAGACAGUGAAUGUAAACACUAUACAAAUCAGUAGAGCAGAGUUCUUUUUUUUUUUUUUUUGGACAAUCAAGAAGUUAUUGUGAGCCCACGUCGAUCAGCCAAAUGUAGGUUUUCAAUAUAAAUCGAGCAGCGAUAGUUCCGAAAAUUCAGCGUUGAGUACACCCUUACCCGCCUCAUAACAUACCGUAAAGAAUAACGUUGAAACGUAAAUCCAAAAAUGGUCGUGGUGAUGAACUCCAGCUAGAAGAUAGUUCGUUACACAUACGAAGAAAAAAAAGCACUGGAGCACUCUUACAGAAAAAAGUAGUAAUCUUCAGCGGAGCACCUUGAAAUUAUCGAGGCGCGAAAAGAAAAGAAACCACAUGAGGCAGCUCGGCAGCAGAAAAAAUAUCUUGCACUGAGGGCCUACUGGGGAGCUUGCUCUAUAUGUACUCCGCCCGAAGAAAGAAAAGGUAAAUUCACGACAGUUCGAAGUGAUGACGAGCGUUGAACUCAGCUGCAGACAGCCGGAUUAUUUUAUUAAAGGUGACGGAAUCCCACGGUUGGUGGGAAAAUUUGAACACUCGCUGCAAAGAAAAAUGAGUGUUAGCCACAACAGUAGCAUUGUACCGGCGACCGAUCCAAUCAAGCUGAAAAAAUGUUUAUACAACAUAACAGUUCGAAACAGUACCCUGGCCGUAGUGCACGGUUUCCGCAGCAGUAAAACCGAAAGUGAUAUAGCGAUAAGAAGCCGAUCAGGCAAUAAAUCAAGUUCAUCCACUAGUGGUAUUAACAGUAGUAAUAGUAGUAGCAGCAACAGCUGUUCGGCACACGCAACGUCCCCGCCAGCGGUGUCUGUUUGCUUGGUUUGCUCGCACUCAUCAUCAACAUCAUCAGUAUUGAACAACUGGAGAGGUUCGAUUGCGUCACAAACGUCGUCGCGAAAUUAUGACGCGCGGUUGGACAAUCGAAGAGUUCGCGUCAACUCGUCGUCAAUUCCAGUGGAGCCCGGUAGAAAUUAUAACUACACUUGUAGAGCCACUAGACCAUCAACCACCAGCAGUAUCCCAACAGAUAGCAGUAGCACUAGCAUUAGACUUAAUGGUGUCACCAAUCAGUAUCGAUCAUCAAUGCUUCUCGGCGACCGACAGCGAACGAAUGCAGACGGGGCAACAUCGUCGACUGUCAAUCGCAACCUGAUGAGACAAUGCCGGUUUACGGCCCGAACAGUAACUGCCGCACCGAUGUCCGACAAUCGGUUGAAUUAUCAGCGACAGUACGAUCGUUCAGUGUUCGGUUAUAACCGUUUGGAUCAGUUUGUGCUUCCACCGUUGCAGAUUUAGAAACACUCCAUUGCACAAGUUAAUAAAUAUCUGAGCAAAAAAAAAACUACUGCCU